UAAGCUCUACCUUGUUCAUAAUUAUAUUUGUAAACAAAUCGAAGGUGUCCUCUACUUAUGUCACCGAAAGCCAUGUCAAUGGCACUCAAUUUAACCACCAUCAAAACCUCCUCAGAUGGAGUCUGGCAAGGCGAUAAUCCUCUUAAUUAUGCCUUCCCGUUAUUAAUACUUCAAACAAUUAUAGUCCUAUCCAUCACCCGCUUCCUCGCCUUCCUUUUCAAGCCCCUUCGACAACCUAGAGUCCUUGCCGAAAUAAUUGGUGGAAUUUUGCUAGGACCAUCUGCUCUUGGCCGGAAUGAAAGCUUCUCCCACUUAGUAUUCCCUUCAUGGAGCACUCCUAUACUAGAAUCUGUGGCUAGUCUUGGUCUUCUUUUCUUUCUUUUCCUUGUAGGUCUCGAGCUGGAUGUGAGCUCAAUACGCCGAACAGGAAGAACAGCUUUCUGCAUAGCACUUGCAGGAAUCUCCCUCCCUUUCCUGUUUGGCGUGGGUGUUUCCUUCCUGCUUCGGAAAGCUGUUCAUGGUAUGGACAAGGUCGGUUACGGCCAGUACCUCAUGUUCAUGGGAAUUGCACUCUCCAUUACUGCUUUUCCUGUUCUUGCUCGCAUUCUAGCUGAACUUAAGCUUCUUACCACCCAAAUGGGCCAAACAGCCAUGGCAGCCGCCGCAUUUAACGAUCUUGCAGCAUGGAUCUUGUUAGCUCUAGCUGUAGCACUUGCUGGAAAUGGCUCCGGGGGGGAUCACACAAGCUCCAAUCCAUUAACAGCUGUAUGGGUUCUCCUCUCUGGAGUUGCUUUCAUUGCUUUCAUGCUCAUUUUUGUUCGACCAAUGAUGGACUGGGUUGCGAGGCGAUGCUCACGGCAACAAGAUGUUGUGGAUGAAGCAUAUAUAUGUUUAACCUUAGCUGGAGUAAUGUUGUCCGGAUUUAUGACUGACCUUAUAGGGAUCCAUUCAAUCUUUGGUGCAUUUGUGUUUGGUUUAAUGAUUCCUAAAGGAGGAGAAUUUCCAGAGAGGCUUAUUAAAAGAAUAGAAGAUUUUGUUUCUGGUUUGCUUCUUCCACUUUACUUUGCUUCAAGCGGUUUAAAGACAGAUGUGGCCACAAUCCAAGGAGUUGAAGCUUGGGGUCUUCUACUGCUGGUUACAUCGACGGCGUGCGCAGGGAAGGUUCUUGGAACCUUUCUGGUGGCUAUGCUGUGUAUGAUUCCAGCUAGGGAAUCUUUGACCCUUGGGGUGUUGAUGAAUACAAAAGGAUUGGUGGAACUAAUUGUUCUUAACAUUGGCAGGGAGAAGAAGGUACUUAAUGAUGAGAUGUUUGCUAUUUUAGUGCUUAUGGCACUCUUCACCACCUUUCUUACCACUCCAACAGUAAUGGCAUUACACAAACCCUUACGUCAAACUUUUCGGGCAGAGAAGAAAUCAUCAACGCUUGAAAACUCCCAAGCGACAUCUAAAAUCCUUGCCUGCAUCCAUGGACUAGGGAACAUACCAGCACUCAUUGAUCUCAUUGAAUCAACCAGAAGUGCCAAAAGAUCCUUACUCAAGCUCUAUGUUAUGCAGCUCGUUGAACUCACUGAUCGAUCAUCCUCCAUCAUGAUGGCUCAACGCAGCCGAAAGAAUGGUUUUCCCUUCAUUAACCGCUUCUCUCGGGGGAGCCCUAAUGAUCAACUAGCAACUGCAUUUAAGGCUUAUAGCUGUGUCAGCCGCAUUAAGAUUCGGAACUCAGUAUCCGUCUCAGCGUUGUCGUCAAUGCAUGAAGACAUCUGCCAUUUAGCAGAAAAUAAAGGGGUAGAGAUGAUUAUCUUGCCCUUCCACAAGCAAUGGAGAGAAGGGGAAAAGAACGAGGAUGAUGGAAGUGGCUGGAGAGGGGUCAAUAAGAAUGUGCUUGAGACUGCACCAUGCUCGAUAGCCAUGCUGGUGGACCUUGGAAUUGGGGGCAAGGAUCAUAUAACUGGAUUAACCACAACAUUGCUGAGAAAGGUUUGCAUUCUGUUUUUUGGCGGGCCAGAUGACCGUAAGGCUCUCGAGGUGGGUGGUUGGAUGGCUGACCAUCCGAGUACCAUUAUGACUCUGAUAAGAUUCCGAGAGCAAUAUGCGUUAGAAUGUAGGGACACACUAAAGGAAACAGAUGAAGUAGCAGUGGCAGAGUUCAGAAGAAAGUGGAAUGGAUCAGUCGAGUAUAUAGAGAAGGAUGCGAAGAAUAUAAGACAGGAAAUGCAAAACAUAGGACAGAAAAUGGAUUUCAAUUUGCUGAUCGUUGGGAAAGGAGCCAGGGUAGCAGAAUUAGCAGAUGUGCAGGCAGAGCAUCCUGAGUUAGGACAUAUAGGAGGCAUUUUAGUUUCAUCAGAAUCAGAACAUGGCAUGGCAGGCUCUAUACUGGUAAUCCAACAAAACAACCCGGCCAAUGCCAGUGAAAAUCUGCCCAAACUGGCUAAAUACAAAGAAACCAUGAAUGUCUGAAGAUGUGAUCCUUACCGGUGAAUCUUUUGUUUAAUAAAAUAGGGAGUAAACAUGUAUUUCCAUGUAUAUGUCUCCACAUGGAAAAUACGAAAAUAAAAGUGUUUCCACUUUAUAUAAUGAAUGACAACCAAAUUAAUUGUCAUCAGAAAUUGAUUGGUUUUAAUCUUACAUUUGAUUUUACUAUUAAUAAUAAUAAUUAUUAUUAUUGUUGUUGUUUUUA